AUGAUUGGAGGUGAUAAAAUGGAGACAAUCUUAAAUCAGAUCAUGUACUCGGACUUGUUCCUGAUGAAUCCAGCAACAUUAACUAUUGCCACACUGACGACUAUGAUGACUUUGUACUUGUACUUCAUACAGCCCAGCAAGCUUAUACAGGCAUAUUUCAGAGUGGCAGUGCGCUGGAGUGGAAUGAGAAUGAAAUGCACAAAACCAUUGAAGGAGGGGUUCAUAUUUUCCUAUGGGGAAAAGGGUAGUAAAGUCAAAGGUCAGAUGAGCAUUCUGUUACUACAUGGCUUCUCUGCAGAUCACUUUAUGUGGGCAUCAAUUGUACAGAAUGUUCCCUCAAGUAUUCACGUGGUCGCUGUAGACUUACCUGGCCAUGGUUUUACCUCUGACCCAGAAGAAGGAGAUGACAUUGGUUUUGAAGGGCAAGUUCAUCGUGUCAGGCAGUUUCUGGAUUUAGUGGAGCUUGCCAGUGAGCCACUGCAUGUUGUAGGUGUGUCCAUGGGAGGAACUGUAGCAGGCUUAUUUGCUGCGGAGUACCCACACCUGGUUGGUGCACUCACCCUGACCUGCCCCAGCAUGAAGACACCAGUAGAGAGUCGCACAAUUCAGGACAACAAAAUACAAGUACUUCAGAAUGGAGGUCUCCUAACCCUGGACAACUGUCCCAUGUUACCACAGACAGCACAGAAGCUUCAGGCAAUGCUAGAUAUCAGCCACUAUUAUAGAGUGAAAUAUCCACAACAGAUAUUAAAAGGUGCAGUAGAACUGAGGAAGAAGAAAAAUGACAUCUAUCUUCAUUUGGUAAAUUAUCUGAUAUCUGAAGAAUCCUCUGUCCUGUUGGAAAAUAACUUGCAUCGGAUACAGUGUCCCACUCAGGUCAUUUGGGGAAAGGAAGACUGGAUUGUGGACAUCUCAGGAGUGGAUGUGCUAAGAGAGAAACUUGCAGACUGCAGACAGAUCCUUAUUCUAGAAGAAUGUGGCCAUGCCAUCAACCUAGACCAGCCAGUGUUGUUUGCCAAGGCCAUGCUCCAGUUCUGGUUCCUACAUAAUUCUCAGGAAAACCUGGCCAAAAGUGUGUCAUGA